CCCAGCGAGCCCAGCACGCCCCCGGGCACCUGCGGCCCCCGAUACAGCAACCUGACCAAAGCAGCCCCCGCCGCCGGCCCUGGACCGGUCUGCGGCGGCGUCCCAGAGCCCACGGGGCUGGACGCAGCUUGCACCAAAUUGCAAUCUUUGCAGAGACUUUUCGAACCGACUACCCCGGCUCCUCCUCUGCAGCCCCCUGACUCCCAUUCCCGUGCCCCGGUCGAGUUCCCCUCCGCCAAAAAAAACUUGCUCAAAGGCCACUUUCGGAACUUCACUCUCUCCUUUUGCGACACCUACACGGUCUGGGACUUGCUGCUGGGCAUGGACCGCCCCGACAGCCUGGACUGUAGCCUGGACACCCUGCUGGGGGACCUGCUGGCCGUAGUGGCCAGCCCGGGCUCCGGGGCCUGGGAGGCGUGUAGCAACUGUGUCGAGGUGUACCAGCGGCUGGACCGACAUGCUCAGGAAAAAUAUGACGAGUUCGACCUCGUGCUGCAUAAAUACUUACAGGCAGAAGAGUACUCAAUCCGGUCCUGCAUGAAAGGCUGUAAGGCUGUCUACAAGGCCUGGCUGUGCUCAGAAUACUUCAGCGUGACCCAGCAGGAAUGCCAGCGCUGGGUGCCCUGCAAGCAAUACUGCCUGGAGGUGCAGACCCGGUGCCCCUUUAUACUCCCCGACAAUGAGGAAAUGGUGUACGGAGGGCUCCCUGGCUUUAUCUGUACAGGGUUGCUGGAUACUUCACCAAAGCGGCCGGAAACCAAGUGCUGUGACGUGCAGUGGGUCUCCUGUGAGUCGGAGAAGAAGAAGUUCAAGGAGUCUGAGGCCCCCAAAACCCACCACCAGCAAUUCCACCACUCCUAUUUCCACCACUACCACCAACAAUACCACCACUACCACCCCCGCCAUGACCCCCCAGGCCGCGUUGGCCACAAGCCCUCCCUGCUGCCGGUCUCUGGGGGCUCCCGCCUCAGCCCCAGCAGGAUCCGGCUCUGUGUCCUUGUUCUUAUGCUCCUCCAUACCAUGGUGUCCUUCUCCAGCAACCAGGGCAGUGGGGGACUGGGGCUUGAGACACUGCCUGCCCUAGAGGAGGGCCUGACACAGGAAGAGUGACAGCAGGAAAGGAGGACAGACCUCUACCAUACACUGACAUCAGCUCCAGCCCCCACAGGUGGAGGGGAGGGGACUCCUCCCAUGGGAGGUGUAGGACCAGGUGGGGGCGGGGGGAAAUGGGGGACCACAUAUGCCCCCCAACCUACCCCCACCCCAAAAGCAGCUCCAACAGAACGGCCAGAGGGCCCCAGGGAGCUACAGAACUCAUCCAGGAGAAAAAGGCAGGAGCAGCAGAUACCCCCCCAGCCCCCAUCUAUGGGGCUUAGCAAAAAAAAGGGGGGGGAGUGGGGGCUGGAAAUGCCCACCCCUGCUGACAGCCCUGAUGACCCCAGGGAAGGAGGCUGCUCACCCAGCCUUGGCCCUGCAGGGAAUGUUGGGGGGCACAGAGGGGAGAAGCUCUUCCCCCCCCUCCACAUUACUUUUGUUGCCAAGAUCCUUAAUUCCCUCCUGCCCAUAUCCUUACAGGCGACGGCAGACGUGCAAUGGCCCUCCUGCCACUUCAGUGCACCUUGCCCCACUUGGGCCAUCACAGGUGAAGCACCAGGCUGGAAGAUGAGGUGCACACAGUUGCAGCUAGGUUGGGGCCCCAGUUAAGCUGUGCCCCUCCACCCUAGGCAAUGAGGGGUAGGGAUGAGCUACAGAAUGAGUGGUGAAAGACAGUGAUGAUAGGGAAGGGGGAGAGGAGAGGAGAGAUGUAGGUGGAGGGCUUGGAGAGAUGGACAAAUGGGCUUCUGCCACCUGGCUUUCGGUAGGUGGGUGGCCAGUGCUGAGGCAUGCUCCAGAACUGCUCCCCAUAUCAGAGAGAGUUGUAUAAGGAGCCCUCUGGGGAAAAAGCACAGGAACUGAGUUGUUGGGCCUCAAAACAGAAGGCUUUUAGAGGGCACGUGGUUAGACUGCCGCUGUCUGAAGGGCCAUAUCUUACAGAAGGUGCACAUUCUCCCAAGGGCCGCUCUUGCCCUGGAGAUCUUGGCCUUGAGGCCAAAGACAUUUUCAUCUCCAGUCUCCAUGGGGAGGAGGGACUUAAGCCCAAGUGGGUCAGGAUCGGCCUGGGUCCUCAUACUCCCCCAUCUUAUCCUAGCCCAGGCCUCCAUGAAGGAGAAGCUGGUGGCAUUGCCUCAGAGCUCUCCAGAGAAGAGCCUCCCCCAUCCCUACCCUGUCCCUGUCCCUGUCCCCAGCCUACCAAAGAGUAUUCAUCCCUUCCCAUCCCUGACCCCAUGGGUUGUUACCAUCUCAAUUAUGGAACAACCAGAUUCCUACUCACCAUGUAGCAGGCUCCCUGCUCCAGGCACCCCUGCCCCUUGCUGGAGAAAGUCCAGAGGCUGGCAAGAGGACCCUUUGACUAAAGAUAAUGUGCUGUCCUUCCUUAGCUGAGGGACUUGAACUGUUUAGUUGGGCUACAGGACCGGAGGAGAGAAGAGGCAUCAAGAGCCCCUUGGAGGCAUUAGCCUUGUGCUGGUUCGCUGGGAGGGAGAGGCCACAUUGCCUGGGACAUCUAAAAGCUAAUAAAAGCCAACAAGAAAGGGAACCAGAACCAGAACUGUGUUCCUGGGACAGGCCAGGCGGCCUUCAGUAUCAUCUAGGAUAUGAUGCUAGUUGGGGCAGAGGGGGGCUGGAACUACAUUAGAGUGAAGCCAAGAAGGCAAUGGGGAGGGGAGAGCUGGACUUAGGAAUGAAUGGGAGGCCUCCCUAGUAGAGAGGGAAUCAGUCAAGGGCCUCAGCUGGGUUCCAAAUCUACUUCAUGACAUUGGAGAGUCCUUCCCUGCCAGUUUUCUUAUUUCUCACAGCCUGUGCCCCCACUCCAGUGCCCUGCCCACACACUUUCCUGUUUGGCCCUUGACACUUUGGGCCUGGCCACAUACCCCAUCCCACGAGUGCUCUUUUCAGCUGGAGGGGGAAAGAGGUGCUGGUUCCUUUCCAGACAUGCUUAUGUAUAAGUGAAGAGGCAGGUAAGGUACUGCCUUCUAACUCCUGCAUCCUCAGGAGGGGAAAAGGGAAUGGGAAGUAAAGAGGGAACACAUGGCCCCAGAGAAUGGAUCCUUGGAGACUCCCAUCCUCUCUUCCCCCUCACCAAGUGCCCAGGAGACCCCUGGCUCAGACCAGCCCAAGGCCUUGCCCAGUGGCAGGGGAGUGGGACACCACACUCCACCUCAAUGUCAUUUGACUGCCCCCAUCCACCCCACCACCCUGAUCUUCCACCACCUCUCCGGCUGCCCCUGCCCUCCAUCAUAGGCAGCAGAGCCGGGCAGCUCUUAUGCCAUUUUCUACACUGUGCUUCAUGAGUAGAACUUUCUUGCACUAGUCCCUAUGACUGAGUCUCCAAGCUGGUUUCCUAGUAAUCCCCCAUCCCUUCCUCCCUUACCCAGCUAUGAUUCAGUUGUCUCCACCGCCACCCCCCCCCGCCCCUCUUACCCCUGCCUCUGUGUUUCGGUGAGAGUCUUUGUAUGUGUACUGCUUUCUGUUUUGUUGCAUUGUGGAGCAGAGGCCUCUCCGCUCUUGUUUAACCCCAUAAAGAAAUAAAUGGUAAGACUUGAUGAU